CAGGGUCCAGUGAGACCAGAUAUAGUGAAUGCAGGGUCCGGGGAGACCAGAUAUAGUGAAUGCAGGGUCUGGGAGACCAGAUAUAGUGAAUGCAGGGUCCGACCGGAUAUAGUGAAUGCAGGGUCCGGGGAGAGCGGAUAUAGUGAAUGCAGGGUCCAGGGAGAGAAAGGAUAUAGUGAAUGCAGGGUCCGGGGAGACCGGAUAUAGUGAAUGCAGGGUCCGGGGGAGACCGGAUAUAGUGAAUGCGGGGUCGGGGGAGACCAGAUAUAGUGAAUGCAGGGUCCGGGGAGACCAGUUAUAGUGAAUGCAGGGUCCGGGGAGACCAGAUAUAGUGAAUGCAGGGAGACCAGAUAUAGUGAAUGCAGGGUCCGGGGAGA